AUGGCGUCAAAAGAACAGACAACAAAACUUAUUGGGGAUUAUCUCUUGGCUGGUUGGGUAUUAACAGAUAAAAUUUGUCAGACACCAAACUGCAAUGUUCCGUUGCUUCGUUCCAAAGACAGUGUCACCUGGUUUUGUGUGGAUUGUGACAAAAGACCCGGAGAACCGAAAGUUAAUGUGAAACAACAAACAACAAACGACUUGGAACUGAGCCAUGAUGUUCAAGACAUUUUGCUAAAAGCAGAAGAGGUCAAUAGACAAGGAAAGGAUUCGUUAAACUCGCAAUUUUCAUCAAUCGUUUCGACUCCCAUUUCAGAAGAAAUGAUCAGUGACGAACAAAGGUUACGAAGGGAACAAUCACAGCGUGCUUCACAUUCUAUUGGACGGUAUUUGUUAUCGGGAUGGGCUUUAAUUGAUGAAAUAUGUCCUAAUGGGUCGUGUUUUGCGGUACCAUUGGUUCGCGAUCGAAACAAGAGGAAAUAUUGCGUAAAUUGUCAGAAUUACUAUGUGAGCGAAUCGGAUUUGGAUCUCACAAAACACAAGAUCGUUCAGAGUGAUGUUUCGCAAUUAGAGUCGUUGUCGGUAGAGAACGAAUCAACUACAAAACAUGAACUCAAGCAUGGAAUUGGUGUUAAAGAGGUUGAGUCUACGUUGAAGUUUGAAAAUGCGAGGGAUAUUCAUGUAAGAGACCAACCGUUAUCAAGUGAAGCCAGAUUGAAAGGUACCAGAUUGGAUGAUACGUUGCAAGAAUCAAUUUCUUCGUUGUCAUCAACGCUUGGAAUGUUGAAUAGUUGUUUGGAGGCUACAACCAUGAUUUCGGAUGUCAAAGAGAUCUGUGAUGCGAUAAAGAGCUGUGCCCAAGCAUUGGAAGUUCUGGUAUCGUUAAAGCAAAAAAAAUCGUGA